AUGCUAGAAGAGCUCAUGUCUCAAUACGUCGAUGUAGAUCAUAAAGAUUUUUGGGAUGAUAGUGUUUGUAAACAUUACCUCGUUGCCUUUUGCCCUUCUCAACUUUUUACAAAUACAAAAUCCGAUCUUGGUGCAUGUGACAAGAUUCAUAAUUCUCGUUUGAAAGAGCGUUAUCAAAAGUCUUCUGACAAGCAUAAGUAUCCAUAUGAAGCAGAUUUUUAUGACUAUCUCAACAAACUUAUUUCAGAUCUUUCACGAAAGAUUCGUCAAGGUAAUGGUAGAUUAAACGUUCAAGCUGAUGAUAAGGCUUCAGAGGUUCGUAAAGAAGAAAGAGAAGAAAAAAUGGUAUUAUUGGAUAUCAAGAUUAAAGAAUUAUUACAAAAAGUUGAGGAAGCUGGUGAAGAAGGUCGUGUACAGGAAGCAACUGAUUUGCAAGCAGAAGUUGAUAGACUUCAGAAGGAAUUAAAAGAUUUGAAAAAUAUAUUUACCUUUAUAUUUUCAAAGAAUGUAGAUUUUACUGGAAAGCCUGAGAAACGUAUGGAGGUAUGCGAUGUUUGUGGUGCUUUUUUGGUAACAAAUGAUUCUUCUGAUAGAUUAGAAGCACAUUAUCAAGGUAAACAACACCAAGGCUAUUUGAAAAUUCGUGACACUAUUGAAAAGAUGAGACAAAAUCGUCAACAUGCUCGUAGCAGUAGUGGUGAUCGUUAUCAUGGUAGUAGUAGUAAUGGUAAUAAUAAUGAUUAUAGACAUAGUAAUUAUUCUCGUCAACGAUAUGACUAUAAUGAUCGCCGAGAUAGAGGUAGGCAUAGAGAUUAUCCUCGUUAUAGUAGAGAACAACGUCAUCGUAGUCGUGACAGACGUGAUAAUAGUUUAAGUGGUAAUAGUAAUAUUAUGAAUGAUGAUGAUUUUGCUGGUGAAAUAGAUAGAUACAGCAGAAGAUCUCGUCGAGAUUAUAAUGAUACUUCAUCUCGUAGAUCUCGUUCACGUUCUCCUAGAAGAUCUCACUAUAAUUAACUGAAACUAAUAAAAUAUUAUUCUGUGUGUGUGUAUAUGACGACAAUCUUUAUUUGUUUAUUUGUUUGUUUAUAUGUAUUAGAUAACUCCUCAUGGUAAACGUUUAUGUUAAAAAUAUAAUACCAUUUUUAGCAUAAUACUAUAUUUAUACACGUGAAAUAAAUGUUAGGUAAUUUUUCAUAUAAAAGCAUGAAUUGCCUUUUUAAGGUAAAUGAAGUGUUUGAUUUUAACCCAAAAAAACAAAACAAA